CGCGCCCGCUGGCGGAAGCUGCGCUUUGCCGGGCUAGAGACGCUCUGCUCAAGGGUCCGGGGAGGUGCAGCGGCCGCUUUCCGUGGCUCGCCGGCUGACUGGCCUCCCACCGCAGACCAUGCAGCGCUUAGCGAUGGACCUGCGGAUGCUAUCCAGGGAGCUCUCCCUCUACCUGGAGCACCAAGUCCGGGUUGGGUUCUUCGGCUCGGGAGUAGGCUUAUCCCUGAUCCUGGGCUUCAGCGUCGCUUACGCCUGCUAUUACCUGAGCAGCAUUGCCAAGAAGCCCCAGUUAGUGACGGGGGGUGAGAGCUUCAGCCGCUUCCUCCAGAACCACUGUCCGGUGGUGACAGAAACGUACUACCCGACGGUUUGGUGCUGGGAGAGUCGAGGACAGACACUCCUGAGACCUUUCAUCACUUCUAAGCCCUCGGUACAAUACAGGAAUGAACUUAUUAAAACUGCAGACGGAGGACAGAUUUCACUGGACUGGUUUGAUAAUUGUAACAGUAAAUGUUAUAUGGAUACCACCACCAGACCUACUGUCUUAUUGUUGCCUGGCCUCACUGGAACAAGCAAGGAAUCAUAUAUCCUUCAUAUGAUCCAUCUUAGUGAAGAAUUGGGAUACAGAUGUGUGGUUUUUAACAACAGAGGAGUAGCAGGGGAGAAUCUCUUGACACCAAGGACUUACUGUUGUGCUAACACGGAAGACCUGGAGACAGUUAUUCACCACGUGCACCGUCUGUACCCUUCUGCUCCUUUCCUGGCAGCAGGGGUUUCCAUGGGAGGCUCCCCAGGUGAUUCCAAUGUUCAACCCUGCCUGAAAACCACUCCUUCAUGCCAAAACACAGCCUGCAGGCCAAGUCUGGCAAUCUGUCUGUUUUUGUCCAAGAGAAUGCUGCUUUUGAAUUACCUGGGCAAAAUUGGGCCAAAAACUCCUUUGAAGGCAGCUGCAACUUUUUCAGUUGGUUGGAAUACUUUUGCUUGCUCUGAGUCAUUGGAGAAACCACUCAACUGGCUGCUUUUUAAUUACUACUUGACAACUUGCCUCCAGUCUUCCGUUAAUAAGCACCGGCAUAUGUUUGUGAAACAAAUCGACAUGGACCAUGUCAUGAAGGCUAAAUCCAUCAGAGAGUUUGAUAAGCGAUUCACUUCAGUCAUGUUUGGAUACCAAACUAUUGAUGAUUAUUAUACUGAUGCCAGCCCCAAUCGUAGACUGAAAUCAGUGGGAAUUCCAGUAUUGUGUCUGAAUUCUGUGGAUGAUGUUUUCUCACCAAGUCAUGCUAUUCCCAUUGAAACUGCCAGGCAAAACCCUAAUGUUGCUUUGGUCCUUACUUCUUAUGGAGGCCACAUUGGUUUUCUGGAGGGAAUCUGGCCAAGGCAGUCCACUUACAUGGAUCGAGUCUUCAAGCAGUUUGUGCAGGCCAUGGUUGAGCAUGGACAUGAACUCUCAAGCAUGUAGCUCUUUAGGUGCAUUUUGUCUGAACCACCAUAUAAAGGCAGCUCAGCUUAGUGCACAAAUUAUUGUAUAUAAUGCAGAUAAGCCAGCAGGUGGUGAAGAGGUCCAGAAUGACAUGCAAAAACUACUUUUUUGGGGAAACAAAACAACUUUGUAGCAAGAAAUGAAAUAUAGAUUUAAAUUGUAACUUAUGUAGAUUUUAUUUUUACUAUGCCUUACCAAGUAUGACCUUAAAUAAAGUAGUCAAACAUGGAAUUGCACUUAACCAAACUAUUGUGUAAAAAAGAUUUUAAUUCCUCAGGGUUUUAAUUUAGGCUGGUAUUUUUUUAGAUUAUUCAUUUUAGGUGACUUAAUGGUACUUUAAUAACUGUUAAGAGAUUUUGGUUAUUUGAAUGUAAGUUAUAAGUUGGUACAUUCCUAAGGGUAUUUAUACCUAAUGAUGAUAAUGUGAAAACUGAAAUAAGAUAAAAUAACAAUGCGCUAAAUCUUUUACGUAUUCUGACUUUAAAAGGCAAAUCGACAAUGUUAGACUGAGGUCUAUACAUGCUCUUUUAUUCUGAUAAUAAUAAAUGACAGCCAAUUUAUGUUUUAUAACGAUUAUAGUUUACAUGCUAAUUUUUUAAAUAGUAUAUGUGCAUACAUAUAUAUCAAUAUAUUAAAAUAAAUUCUAUCAUUUUAAA